UGUUUGUAAUGGCUUCAUUCGUGUCCGGAAGCAGCAAGAUAAUGACAGCCAUUUGCUCUUUACUUUUUAUACGUAAUUCUGGAUCCUUUUAAUGUACAUUUUGUUUUACACAUUUUUCCAUCCUGAUCAACACGUCGUCGCCGUCUGUUGUUUGUUUCGUCAAAAGCUCAACUCUGUGGAGACAACAGACAUGACUGGAAGCAGGAAGGUGGUGGGGGUUGAUCUCGCUGCCACAUGGUGUCUUUGGGAGCAUCUUCAAUGAAGGUGCUGGGAUGAACAGGUCCAAGUCCAGCGCGGACAAACGAUCCCAGUGGCCGGCCGUCACUCGACUAACACGCAGCUCCAGCAGUGCACAGCCCUCUCAGUGCCAGGAUUCUGGGCUGGAAAAGCAAAGGAAGCAGCCGGACGUGGCACUGUACCAGGACCUCAGCCAGAAGAGCGUGAGAGUGAGAGGGCAGGAAGGUGGGCUUGCAAGUGAAGCAAAGCAGUCCAAAGCAAGCCCUGCAGCCUCCCAGCCAAAAUCAGCUCCGAAUGGCCCCUCUGCCACCAAAUCCCGCAGGGGUCUGGCCUCAGUGGCCCAGCUGAUGAAGCUGGGCCACUGUAAGAAUGUGGUAGUGGUAGCUGGAGCCGGAAUCAGCACCGCCAGCGGGAUUCCCGACUUCAGAACUCCAGGAACAGGCCUGUAUGACAACCUGGAUGCCUACAAUAUUCCGUAUCCAGAAGCCAUUUUCAACAUCGACUACUUCUCCAACGACCCGCAUCCUUUCUUCUCCCUGGCCAAGGCGCUCUAUCCCGGCAGCCACAAGCCCAACUACAUACACUACUUCAUCCGCAUGCUGCACCACAAAGGCCUGCUGCUGCGAAUGUACACACAGAACAUCGACGGCCUGGAGAAAGUGUGCGGAAUUCCAGAUGACAAACUUGUCGAAGCUCAUGGCAGUUUUGCCACCGCUUCCUGCCACUUGUGCUACACGCCUUACCCGUCAGAGGACGCAAAGCACGCCAUCAUGAGCGGCAAAGUCCCCACAUGCACCUUCUGCACCGCAACAGUCAAACCCGACGUCGUGUUUUUUGGCGAAGACCUUCCUCAAAAGUACUUCCUCCACACGCAAGACUUCCCCAAAGCGGACCUGCUCAUCAUCAUGGGAACAUCUUUACAGAUCGAGCCUUUUGCCAGCUUGGUGAAUACGGUGCGCUCCACGGUGCCCCGUCUCCUCCUCAACCGACACGCUGUAGGUCAGUUUGAAAGGGUCCCGCUGCGGAGGGGGGACCACAUGGAACUGGGCGACCUAGAGAACACGAUACGGAGAUUUGCGGAAAUGCUGGGAUGGAACGAUGACAUAGAAGAGCUGAUGAAGAGUCAGGAACAAGAGCAGUUCAUCCCAACAAUGGUUAGCACCAUCCCGUCUAGGAGAAGAACUGGCAUUAGUGGCAGCGAGGAAUCGGACUCUGAGACGGACAGCAAAUGCUCAGCGUCAUCCGGCGCUAGCAACUAACAGCCGAGAGGUUUGAGACAUGCAUACCGAUCUUAAAUCUUCUUUCCUCAUCUGUUUGUAAUGUUCAUGUGUACAAAUGAAAAAUAAGUCCACUAUUUUAAGCACUUAUCUGACAAAAAGGCAGUGAUCACUCCAUAUAAAGCUGUUCUCUCUGUAUAAGCACUGUAUUUUAAACACUAUUUAAUAAAGCUUGUUA